AUGGGAUUAAAAUCACCAGUUUCUAUAAAGGACUUGAAAUUCAAUAUCCCCGUGCCAUACAAAAUACACGUGGACCGGGAGCUUCUCGAGCAAACCAAGCGGAAGCUGUCCUUGGCCCGAUAUCCAGAGGAGCAGUCCGAUUUUGGAGAGGACAAUUGGACACAGGGCGCUAAAGUGUCCCGGGUGAAGCAAUUGACCGAGUUCUGGAGAGAUCAAUACAAUUGGGAAGAGGAGGAGCGACAACUGAAUGCUGCUUUUAACCACUUUCUGGUGAAAAUCGAUGUCCCUGGCUAUGGGUCCCUGGUGCUACACUACACGCACAGCCAGUCCUCCCGCUCGAAUGCGAUCCCGCUCCUAUUCUCACACGGCUGGCCGAGCUCGUUCGUGGAAGCUGUGCGUGUUGUCCACCCACUUACCGAGCCCGAUAAUGCAGCCGAUCCAGCCUUCAACGUAGUCGCACCCUCAAUCCCUGGUUUCGGCUUUUCCCCCGCUCCCACCAAGUCAGGCGUCGGCCCCAACAUCGUUGCACGUUCCUACAAGAUCCUAAUGACCGACGUCCUGGGAUACCCCAAAUUCGUAACCCAGGGUGGCGAUUUCGGCUCUUUCAUCACGCGCUCCAUCGCAAUUCAGUAUCCCCAAGUAGUGCGCGCACAGCAUCUGAACAUGUUCCCUGCGCCGCCGCCGACCCUCUGGUCCGCUCCGCUCGCUUAUCUGCGCUGGUGCUUUUCCGUACUCACGUACUCAGAUUUCGAGCACAGGGCGCUACAGACGCUGGGUUUCGCGCUGGGCGAUUCUCCUGUCGGUCUGUUGGCGUGGUUUGUUGAGAAGUUCCAUGACUGGGCGGAAGUGUAUGAGGCUUUGAAUGAUUCGAACCUUAUCACGCUGGUGAUGAUGCAUUGGAUCCAGGGCGCGACUCCGGCUCUGCGGUUCUAUUGGGAAGCUUUUGGUCAUGGGAUGAAUGAGGCGGGGAAAACGUUUGAGACGUAUGUCUCGAUUCCUACUGGUGUGAGCAUGUAUGCGAAGGAGCAGCUUCACUGUCCCCGAGACUGGGCCACCCAGGCCGCUAACAUCCAGUACUGGAGGGAAUAUGAGAAAGGCGGGCAUUUUUCAUCUUUGGAAAGGCCGGACUUGUUCAUAAAGGACCUCCGGGAGUUUAUCUCCUCAUCUAUUGUUCUCAAAUCAUAUAUUCGAGAGUAG